CACACGGUUGCUGCAGCUAGCUUAAAUGAGCACACCACCAAACGUCGCAUUUGGCCUCUAGUUUGACCUGAAAUGUGUAAAUUUGGAGGAUAUAUGUGCACAUUUAGACGAAGUAAGAUCAACUAAACUCGCUGUGAGAAGAGUUGAGGUGAAAAACAACCCGCGGAAAGUUGAGUUUGGGUUAAAAGUUGCCGACGGUGUAACGAGGAUUUGUGUUUACCGGACGUAAGAUGAGACAACUGGAGCUGCUUUAAGCUCAUAAAUGUGUUAUGCCUUCUUUUGACUUCAUGGACAAGGUGGAGCUCUUUGUGCGGGCGGGAACGUUUCCUGUAGAUGCAUCAAAGAGUUCAAAGAAAGUGACCAGAGCUGCCAGCAAGCACUUUCUGUAUAAAGAUGGCUGCCUGUGGCGAAGUUAUCGAGGCCGUCUCCUCCGCGUCGUCAGGAACGACGAGGAAAUGAGGGAGAUCCUGACCCGUUACCAUGACAACAACAACCACGCCGGCCGGGUCCGGGCGGUGAAGGAGAUAAUGUUGAUGUAUUACUGGGUUGGCGUGACGGAGGCGGUGAAGACCUGGAUCAAAGCUUGUGCUGUUUGUCAGAGCCGCGGUCCCGUCGAACCGCACGAGCCGCCCGUCCAGUUCUGCCUGGCCUACGGCUGCGACGCCUCCAGCUACGUUAACCCCGAGCUCAGCUUCCACAGGUUUCCGAAGGCGGCGGAGCGACGGCGAAGGUGGCUGGCGGUGGCUCAAAGAGACGAAGGCUCGCUGCGCACAAACUCCUGCCUCUGCUCAAGACACUUCGAGCCGCCCUGUUUCACGCUGAGCGAGGAGGGUCAGCUGACUCUAUCGCCGGAUGCCAUUCCCACCAUCAUCCCUGUGACGGCGCAGGAGGAGGAGGUUCCUGUCCCUUCAGACGAGGACUUCCUUCACUCCAACACCCUGGAAGACCUCCUCUCUACCGCUGCUGCUGCCGAGACGACCGAGCCCUCCGGAGCGGCCUUUGAUCACUCUGAAACCCCCGUGGAGCUGCAGGAGCACCAGUACUGCCUCCCAGCUCCCGAUCCAGACUCCAAGGUGGUCCAGGCAGUGAGGGAGUGCAAGAGGAGGAAGACCGUCAUCGAGCCGAGCUUCGCGGCUUACAACCAGAUCGCCAGGUAUCUGAGCCACAGGAUCUUACCGAUGCAAAGCAAGAAAAGCAGAGGCGCUUUGAAGAGGAUGGCCAAGCGCUUCGGUCUCAUAGAUGGAGUGCUGAUGUACACGCGAGUUUCUCCUCCUCUCAGAGUGCCGCGCAGCAGAGAGGAGGUAAACUCGAUCCUGGAGAAAUACCAUGACAAACAGGGUCACUUCGGCCAGGGAAUCUGCCAGCGGGAGAUUUCGAAGCAAUACUACUGGGCCAGCAUGACCCGGGACCUGGCCCGCUGGAUCACCAGCUGCGUCACCUGCCUCAGCAGAACCAAGAGGAAGUGGCUCCGCUGCAGCGUCUCCAACUGCACCAACUGCUGCGGGCCGGUGGAGAGAGGCCUGGGACUCACCUUCCAUAAGUUUCCCCUUCACAACGUGGCCCUGCUCGCUCACUGGUUGAAGGCUGUCGGUCGUCCCAACUGGCAUCCUCGCCUCUGGUCGUCCGUUUGUUCGACCCAUUUCACCGAGGACUGCUUCGACCGCGGCGGGGAGAAGGUCACCCUCCGUCCAGACGCCGUGCCCACGCUCUUAGUCCACAGCGACUCAGCGACUCCAUCCAGAGGUCCGGCCCAGUCUCCUAUAGGGGAGGAGGCCUAUUUUGCCAAGUACGAUGCCGUGGAGCUCUACCUGAGCAAACGCACUUACCCUCCUGGACUGAGCUACGUAGAGAAGAACACCUUCAGGAGGUUCUGCAAGCAGUUCUCCAUCAAAGACGACGAGCUCCACGUGGUGCGAGGAGAUCGGGUACGUUCGGUUCUGAGGAGCAGACAGCAGGUUGAAGCCGCCCUGGUGGACUUUCACAACGAGCUGAACCACCUCGACGUCACCAAGUGCCUCCGACUGCUCAACGAAAGGUACUUCUGGAAAACCAUGAAGACUGAUGUGGUGCAGUGGAUCAACAGCUGCUCACUGUGCAGCAGCAGGAGGAGGAAAAGACCCGAGACAGAAGCAGGAGGAUCAGAGGAGGCGCUGAGAUCCCCACAGAUCCACGAGGAUUCAGACAGUGGGAAGGAUGGCGAUGGUCGCAGUGAUGAUGAAGAGGAUGAUGGUGGGGAUGUCGAUGAAGGUGGUGAGAGUGUUGGUGAUGAAGAGAAGCAGCCAGCAACGAAUCGAGAGGUCAGAGUGGAGAACCCUUUGUCCCUCCAGCCUGUAACUCCGUCCAGCCCUCAGCCCAGAAUUCCCAUCCUCCUUCAUCUGAGAACUCCCAUCAACUUCCAGCCCAGAACUCCCAUAAUCCUCCAGCCAAGGACUCCUAACACCCCCUUUGUCACCAGACUCUGGUCUGUCAAGAGAGCGACGCCGCCGCAGUCUGAAGUCCAGAACAGCUCUGACGUUCAGCCUGAGAACCGAAGCAGCGUCCAGGUUCCGGUGAAACCUGAGACAGGGGAGCAGACGCAACCUCAGGACCAGAACAAGACCAGCGGCUCUCGGGGCAGCGCCAGAACACAUCACUAUGUCGUGAGCAAACCUCUCACUGAGCCGCAUACUCCGCCCGAGCCCCCAGCACAACCCAAACCUCCACAAACCGCAAGCAAGCAGAAGACCCCGUCCCAAACACCGACGCAAACCCGGAGCCGUGGCAGCGCCCAGCACCCAGAGAAGAGGAAGAGAGACCUGGAGGCGGGCUCUUCGGGUAAGAGGAGCGCCAGCGGUGGCUUGGAGCCUGUGGUGGCCCCGAGCACCAAACCCUGGCCCGUCUUCACUAUUUCUGGCUCUGCCCCAGCACAGACAGCCAGACCCCCUCCUGAGGUGGACAGCAGCCUGGCUUCCCUCCGGAGGCCCAGGAGACUACAGGCCCGGACGGUCAUCCAGCAGUGCAGCAGGGCGAAGGUUAAGACCAGACCAGCCGUGGACGGGACCGACACUCUGUGGGCGGAGAUCCAGGACGGGAUUGUCGUGUACGUGUGCUUCUUCCACGGAGCCACUGAGGACGUCACUUAUGAGAUCGCCAGCAGUCUGAUGACCACUAAACUCUUCCGAAAGGACACCGGGCACUCGGUCUCUGUUCUCGACCUUCCCGGGAGCGUUUUACUGAUCCCCCAGGACUCCCUGCUCGGGCAGCCGGUACCCAGGAGAAGGAUUCAGUACAAGGGGGGUUGUGAGCUGUGGUGGGGCGCCCAGCUCUUCUCCAACCUGGUGUCCGCCUGCAGAGACUUAAUGUCCGGCUCGGUGAAGUGCACGAAGGCAGGCGUGAAGGUGGAGCAGGGAGUUUACGGACAGAAACAAGAGAUCGCCCUGAACUCUCUGGAGCCGCUGACUCUCCUGCUGGAGUUCUGAGAGCUGAACAUUGUGGUCGGACGUACCACCGAAUCCACAUGGAGGGAAUAAUGCAGAAUUGCUGUACUCAAGAACACUUGUUGAACAUCUGUGGCACUUCUACAACUCAAGCUGAGUGGUUUUACAGAUAGAGCCACAUUUCAGUUAAUGUGAAACUAUGGCCGGUUGUGUCCAUAAAGUUCAAGGAACAGUGGAACCAGAGGAGAGCUAACAUUGUGCAUUCCUGUUUGCAUUUCAAGAAGAACCUUGAAGAUCUGAUCUGACGUGAGGAAUAAAUUAAAGGAGACCUGCAGAGGUCUUGCUUUAGAACAUAA